AUGGAGACAAGCGAGACCGUGGAGAAGAUGCAGGUGCUGACACCGCAGCAACUAUCGGCGCUCAAUGAGGCGAAGGUAAUGAUUCGCAUGGACAACGAGCAAUAUCUGCGAGAUCACCCGGACGUAUCCAAGCUCAUGCGCGCUCUGGUACGCGGGAUUUUACGGAAUCGGCCUGACAACCCCAGCACGUACGCAUACCAGUUCUUCUCUAGAGACCGAGCAGCCAUUCGCAAAGAUCUGGAUGCUAAGGAAUAA